GCCGAGUAUUCUACGGUGACUAGGGAACAGGUUUUCGUAGAGGGGUUAUCAGACAUGAGUCAGAUGCAGGGUUAUAAUGGUGUCAUGAGCACCCAUGUUCCUUUUCAAUGGCUCCCAAAACAACAUGUGGAUAAAGGCGGGAAAAUAGUAUACGUUGUACGUAACUCGAAAGAUGUUGCUGUGUCUUUGUUUAAAUUUCUUUCUUCUUGUGGAUUUUUACCUGGGAUGAGUUUUGAGAAUUUUUUGGACGAACUUUAUAUUGGACGAAAGGCGAUGUACGGGGGAUGGUUUGAGUAUAAUAAAAAGUUUAUCGAAGAAGCGACUGUUCGAAAAGAUCAAAUAUUGAUGAUACAAUACGAGAAACUACAAAGAAACACAGAAGCAGAGAUUCGGAGAUUGGCUGACUUUUUGGGAGUUAAAGAUGAAAACGGACUAGUCAAAGAGAUAACAGAGAAGUGCACCUUUCAAAAUCUUCAGCAAGCGGACAAAAGUGUCAGGGAGGAUCAAAAGAUGGCGGAAUUAAUGAAUGAACUCCAGGUGAAAGAAACUCCUACAGUCUACAGAAAAGGAAAGAUAGGAGACUGGAAAAAUCACUUCACUGUAGCAAUGAAUGAAACAUUGGACAAAGUAUAUGCAGAGAAAAUGGAUGGAAUAGAGUAUCAAGUAGAAUUUGAAUAG